ACCGUCAUAAACUUCCGAUCCAUCCUACAUCAGGUAUUCCACAAUCGAUAAUGCUGCAACUCCCAAUCAUAAAACUCCACCAGCCUUUUCUACACCUUCAAGCUGCACCUCUGGUACCAGAUGGAAAUGUCGUCGGCACCAAUUCAAGUGUACGACUCUUUGUGUGUCGGUUUUCCACAUGAUUUUACCCUUCGCUGCAGCUCUACAGAUACAUAAUUAUUUUAUAGCUGUCUUCCGUAUGAUCUUAUUCCUCUUGCACCACCCUACCGCUUUUAUGCAGGCCUUUACAUGGUUCGUAAUACCUUGCGGUUUGCUCUACACGACCUUUCUUUACAAAGUUAUGGAAUUUACCAGAAAAGCCCUGAAUGUUCAUUGUGAGCUCAAAGCUACAGAAAUAAAGAAGGAAAAAUUUAAUUUAGGGCUUUUCUGAUAAAUUCUAUAACUUUGGAAAGAAAGGUCAUGUAGAACUGAGAGAUGUCUCAUUUUAAUCAAAAAUGUGCGGGCUACAAUUAUGCCUCAUUGAGAAAGGUUUUGGUUACUUUUCAGAGCUUCUUACAAAACUGAUUUUCCAGGAAACCGUUUUCUAGAGACUCCUGGGCAGCUACCACUAUGAUAUUUGGAUUCAGCAUAGUUGAUAACCUAUAACCCACUAGAUUUGGCUGAAAAAAGCGAUGUGACAGUUCGCGAGUUCCCCUCGUCAGCAUCGUGACGUCACCAUCAGUCAUCAUUCAUUUUUGCAGUUAGACUCAAACUUAUUAAUAUCUUAGAAAGGUAUGUUUGUGGAACUCAUUUAUGUUUCGAAAGAUGAUAGUCUAUAUCGGUAGCCUUUACAGAUUCCGAACUGCUCUAUUUUUGCACACGAAAGGUAUCAAACAUUCGAGUUGGACACUCUUCUUGAGAAGCAAAUCUUUUGUCCACUGAGUGAGUUCUUGAGAAACAAUGUUUUAAGUGUCCAGUGAUUGUGUUCUAUUGUCUACACUGAAUCUAGUGGAGGACGGACAAUCGUUAGAAUGUUUUUUAUUGUCAAACGAAUUUAUUUCAUCUCUCAUUUUACUUUCUUUUAACAUUUACAAUUUGUUUAUUUCGAUUCUAGUUUGUAAACAAAUGAUGAUUGCUGGUACAAAACUAUGGGAAGAUGUUCAAUUUACCGAUGUUCCAUCGACUCGUUUUAAUCUCUAUCAAGAGUUACAGUUAUGUUUUAAAAUUAAUGUAUUCUUGCUACCAAAACUAGACACCAUUUUACAUCAAACAUUUUGUGAAGAAAUAAAAAAUUUUGUACAACAAAUUCUAAAUGAUGUUAGUGGUGUUCCAUUAGAAAUACGUUUAUCAUGUUCGAUAGCAUGGCAUUUGUCGAACAGUAACCAAAAAUUCAAUGAGACAAUUCAAUUAAUGAGAAAUGAUAAUAGUGUUUAUUCAUCAUUGCCAAUAACAUCUCGUCUACCACUUUAUUUUGGUUUAAUAAAAACAACAAAUUUCAAAGAUAUAAACGAUGGAUCAAUACUUGUACAACUUGUUCACAAUAUCCUCUCAUUUCAAACACGUGAUUCAUCAAUAAUGGUGGCUGUUGCAAAAAUAUUAGAAACAUAUUCUGAUUCUUUAAAUGCAUGUUCAACUAUCAUUGAUGAGAAAUCAUUAGAAACAAUUGUUAAAGAAUUAUUUUGUUUUGCAUGGGAUAAUUUUGGACAUAAUAUCGAAAUUAUUCGACAUUGUACAGCGAAUAUUUAUACGAAUACAUUAAAAGCAGCGAUGAGUAUUGAUGCUCUUCGACAACAAACACGUGACACACAAUUAGCACUGUUAAAAAAUACACCUUGGCAAAGACAUGGCUGUUGUCUAUGUUAUCAAGCGUUACUUCAUUACACAUCCGUAACCAGUUUAUUAGAAUGGAAUUCUAAUUUACCAAAAUCUUGUCUUGAUUCAAUGGUUGAUCGAUCUAUUGCAUGUGAUGCUAGUCAUUUAUAUUGUUCAAUGUGUUAUUUACACAAGAAAGAGUUGACUGAUGAUAAUAAAACAAUAUGGUAUGAAAUAUGGAUUAGACCAAUUGUUCAAGCAUUGGAUAACUCAACUCAAACACAUCGAUUUUGUAUUGCAGAAUAUGUUUUACCCAAAAUAUUGAAAUACGAUCAAGACUGUUUAAUAGAAUGCAAGAAAUUAUCACAAAAUGCUCGAACAUUAAUCGUUUGUACGCGAAUCGGUCGAAAUCUUGGUCUAUGUAAUCAAUUAUUUUCAUUAAUGAAUGACACUAAAAAUGAAAAUAGUGAUGAUAAAGAGCAAGUGAUUAGUAAACAAUUAUUAUAUGAAGCGAUUACAGCACAAGAUGAACAAAUUCGUCUUGAUUCCUUGUUUAUUCUAUGUGAAAAUCCAAAAACAACGGAACAAAUUCGUCCAAUUGAAAUUGAUUUAAUCGAAUAUUUUUUAAAUAUGAACAUUGACAAUGCACAACCAGCUUUUAGAAAUCAAUGUUUAGCACUCUUAAAAAAACAUUUUAUUCGUUUAAAAGAAAGUUGGUUAUCUUGUGCAAGAAGUAUUAUAAGAAAAUUACGACAAGAAGAUGAUGAAUAUCAUACAAUAACUCACACCUAUCAAAAACAUUUAAAAUGGUUGAUUGAAUGGUGUUGUGAUCAGUUAUAUCUGGAAGGAUCAUACUGUCAACGACAUUUAGCUCUAUCAAUGCUAACUUGGAUACUUGAUCUACAUGGAACCGUUGUAAAAACAGAGUGUGGCAAUUUUUAG